AUGCCGAGAACGAGUGUUCCUCCGCUAUUCAGUCGAAAGCGACCCGUGCUGCCCACGCCGGCACAGCCACCGACGCCAUCCUCCAGCCAACGAAGCCCGAUCGUUCUAAGUCGUCCAGGCACUCCGCGUCCUCCUGCUGACUCGACGCCUUCGACGCCGUACGCAGCGGAUGUGCUUCAUGAAUACAUCCAGCAGAGCAUAGAGCGAGAACUGCUGCCGCCAACCCAGGAGCACAUCCGACAGAGCGUCGAGCCCGAGGUUCCACCAGCGAACUGGGCACGCGAAGCGACAACCGCAUAUGUCGACCGCUCACUGACCCCGUCUCCAUUGUCACGACGAGACGCAGACGUCGAGAUGAGAGACGUCUCCCCAACAUUUUUGCCGGGCGAUUUUGGCCGAGAGCUCUCGCUCCCGCCACCAACCUCCCAGCCAGAUCACUCCAUUAGUGACCGUCCAGCCCUGUCUCCUGUGAGGCUCGCUCCUCCGCCAAUUCCUGAUACUAGUUCGGCCAUCAAGCAGCCGAAGCGGGGCGAGCGGCGGAAAUCGGCCGUGCAGGGGUCGAAAGUCGAGAAGCGCUCGGCAACAGGCUCAGCAGCGAAACCGAAGAGUCGAAACGUGACCAGGAAGCCGACGGCUUCUGUGGGCAAGCUGGUGGAAAAGGCCAAGAAGCAAACCAAAGAAGCUGCUGCGGCCGAGAUGGCAGACGAAGGAGGACAAGGACGGGAUCAAGGAGCCGGCGACGCGCUGCAGCCGCCUACAGCGAAUGGUGGCAAGGUGGCUGCUGCUGUGGCAAAGAUCGAGCAACAGGUCAAGCAGCAGGACGACGAGAAGCACUUGAAGCAGAAGGACGGCACGGCGGUACGGAGGAGUCAGCGUGCGAACAAGGGAGUUCGGACCUCGUUUGGAUAUACUUGA